GGACAUUUUCCGCGCCAGGCUUCCGCGUGGCAGGCAGAGUGCAGAGCUUAUUUCACUCAGUGUAGACAUCCCAGGAGAUCCACUUCUUUUCCAAGAUGCCCGCCCCGACGUGCUUCUCCUGUCACAAGACCCGUGCUGCCCUCCGUCGCCCACGCUCUGGGCAGGCACUGUGCGGCUCCUGCUUCUGUGCUGCCUUUGAGGCCGAGGUGCUGCAUACAGUGCUUGCCGGGCACCUGCUGCCGCCGGGCGCUGUAGUGGCCGUGGGUGCGUCUGGGGGCAAGGACUCCACAGUGCUGGCACACGUGCUGCGCGAGCUCGCGCCACGCCUGGGCAUCACCCUGCACUUGGUGGCCGUGGAUGAGGGCAUCGGUGGCUACCGCGACGCCGCGCUGGAGGCGGUGCGCAGUCAGGCGGCGCGCUGGGAGCUGCCGCUCACCAUCGUGGCCUACGAAGACCUCUUCGGGGGCUGGACGAUGGACGCCGUGGCCCGCAGCACCGCAGGCUCCGGCCGCAGUCGCUCCUGCUGCACGUUCUGCGGGGUGCUGCGGAGGCGCGCGCUGGAGGAGGGUGCACGCCUUGUGGGAGCCACACACAUUGUGACAGGCCACAACGCUGACGACAUGGCUGAGACGGUGCUCAUGAACUUCCUGCGUGGUGAUGCCGGGAGGCUGGCGAGGGGUGGCAUGCUGGGCUCCACGGGCGAGGGAUGCGCCCUUCCGCGGUGCCGGCCUCUGCAGUUUGCCUCGCAGAAGGAGGUGGUGCUGUAUGCGCACUUCCGCCAUCUCCGCUACUUCUCCGAGGAGUGUGUGUAUGCCCCCGAGGCCUUCCGUGGCCAUGCUCGGGACCUGCUGAAGCUCCUGGAGGCCGCCAGACCAUCGGCCGUGCUGGACCUCGUGCACUCGGCCGAGCGCCUAGCUCUGGCUCCGGCAGCAAGGCCCCCUCCUCCAGGCACCUGCUCCCGCUGUGGAGCGCUGGCCAGCCACAAGCUCUGUCAGGCCUGUGCGCUCCUGGAUGGCCUCAACCGAGGCCUACCGCGCCUGGCCAUCGGCAAGGGCCGCCGUGUGUUGCAAGUUGAGCCGCCACAGCCUGGGAAGCCAAGCCUAGUCAGCAGUGACCCUGUGACCCCACCAGGACCCUGCUCCUGUAAGCAUCCCAAAGAUGAAGCCAACCCGUGCGGGCAUGGAGGGGACAGGGCGGGAACCACCUGUGUAUCGCAGAGCCCCGUGGCGGAGUGACCUUAACCUUGCACUCUACAUCGCCCUGUGCCCAGGGAAGUGAUUGUACCCCAGUGCCCUGCCACUGUAGAGUAAUCUAUACACUGUGAAGUGACUUCCCUUCAGUGUGCCGCACUCUGGGACUGACUUGUUUCCCUGUGGAGUCGCUGUACCCUGCAGAGUCACUGAGCCUAGCAGAUUAUCGUACCGUACAGUGGCCUAUACCUUUAAAGUGACCAGUGUCCUGUGACCUGAACCCUGUGGAGUGACUGCACCCCAUGGAGGGAUGUGCCCUGUGCAUCAACCUGAACCUUGAAGACGUAGGGAGCUCCAGGCAGGGCUACCAGAGAGAAGGGACCAACAGCCAUGCAUUCCCACACACCUGUGAGGGCUCAGGUAGCCCUGCCCUCCUUUUCUGUUUCCCCAAGUCAGAUAAACAAAUUCACAUGAGUAACAGGAAUAUUCACAAUUGUCACUACACCCGUCACAUCCAGAUACAGCUCUUGCACCUACAGGAAGCCAAGAACGUUUAUUAUGAACCAGUUGGGACCUUCCGUGGCUGGGUACGUGAACUGAGGUCACCCCAGAACUGCUGUGGGAUCAGUUACACAAACAUUUAUAGCCCUAGAACAAUAGGAAGUCAUUAAUCAAGACAUUGUUCAAAUACGUAGGUGUGAACCUCAGGUAGACAGGUUACGGCUAAGCUGAAGUCCCUUCAGUAGCUCUCAGACAUUGUCUGAUGACUUUCUUAGCUUGUGGAUCUUUGGAAGCCAGUGGUCUGCUGAGCUGAUACAUUCCGAACCAAAAUUGUGAUUUUUUUUUUUACAUGGUUGUUGGGUCAGUGUCCUGGCUGGCCAUUUUUGGUUCUGUCAACUUUACACAGGCUGGGAUCAUCUGAGAAAAUGUUUCCCUAAGACUGGUCUACAGGAAAGCCUGAGGGGCAUUUUCUUAAUUGAUGAUUGAUGUGGAAGGGCUCAGCCCACUGUGGGUGGCCCAGUCCCUAGGCAGGUGAUUCUGGAUGCUAUAAGAAAGCAGGCUGAGUGAGCCAGUCAGUAGCUGUGUCCCUCCAUGGCCUCUGCCUCAGUUCCUGUUCUGACUUCCCUCAGUAAUGGAGUGUGACCUAAAAUGUAAGUUGAAAUAAAACCUUUUCUCCCCAAGA